CAAAUGUUUAACCGUUUUAUCUGUCCAACUUUAAUUUUUUCUAAAAAUUUUGUCACCAAAAAUUCAAUAGAAUGUUUAAGAUCGAGAUUGUUUUAUCAAAGUAAAAAAAGAGGAAUUUUAGAAAAUGAUAUUCUUAUUGGAAAAUUUGCUGAAGAAAAUUUACCUAAAAUGAAUGAAAACGAUUUGGUUAAUUAUGAUGCUAUAAUUAAUGGAAAUUAUAUGGAAUGGGAUUUAUAUUAUUAUUUAACUGGCAGAAAAGAAGCUCCAAAUGAUUUAAUUUCAAAUCCAUUAUUUAAAAACAUGAAAGAAUAUAUUUUGUUAAAUAAUCGGAAAGAUUAUGAAAAAUAA